UAAAGGAUGACAGGACUGAACCUUAAAUUGGAUUAGCAGCCCGAUAUCCCGACAGACAACUCCCAACUCGCAACUCGCGGCUGGGAAACUUGGACUUGGAACUUCGACUUUCCAUCUACCGCUUCCAUAGGUUUUUAAUGAUUAGGACGAGAAAGAUAUCGAGCCCGGCAAUCCACGAAAUAACUCGAAACUUUUCAGUCAUCUGCGAAUUAGAAUUAAAUGUAUUAGUAGUUACAUGGAAACGUCUUUUGCUCGAAAUGGAACAGCCGUAACGACCCCAAAUCCGCCUGUCGCCCGUCGCUUGUUCGCCUGUCUAUGCUCACGCUCACGAAAUCCCGUCAAUCCACUCAAUUCCAUCGGCCACGAAGUUGAUCAACCGUGACGUCGCACCCCCGAUUAUGAUUGUCGCCUUUGUCCGACACUGACAAACAAUCCUACCAAUUCUCCUUGGUGUUUCCGAGAACUCCUCUUUCCCCCCUGUAAACCACGAACCCCACGAACCCACGUUGCCCACCGGUACCCAACCCGCCAAAGUUACGAGUUACGCCCCUACAAGACGAACGAAGAAGCUGAGGCUUGACCUCAGCCUACUCAGUCAAGUUCACAAGGUCCGGCAUCAUGUCUAGCUCUUUUGAGAAAUCGGUGAAGGGUGCAACGAAGAUAAAGGCCGCUCCUCCGAAGACCAAGUAUAUCGAACAUAUCCUUAUCGCCACCCACUCGAGCGAGGCAGGCGUAGGAGAGAUCUUUCGAGCGCUGCAGUUUCGGUUGCGAGAUUCAACAUGGACCGUCGUACUCAAGAGCCUGAUUACCAUCCAUUUGAUGAUCAGGGAAGGCUCUCCGGAUGCGACACUAGGCUAUCUUGCGAAACAUCGAACUGCGCUAGCCAUCAGCUCCUUUACUGAUGCUCAGAUCCAAGGCCGAAACAUACGACAUUAUGCCGGCUACCUAGCAGAACGGGUACGUGCAUUCAGGGAGACGGGAGUAGAUUGGGUUCGGGGCAAAGAAACACGGUUGGAGAAAUUGUCAGUUGAGAAGGGUCUGCUGCGACAGACCGAGGUCGUUCAGCAUCAACUUACCGCUCUUCUAAAGUGCGAUGUUCUCGAAGACCCCGAGAAUGAAAUUACCAUCACCGUCUUUAGACUUCUGGUUCUGGACUUGCUGUCGCUAUUCCAAGUGUUGAACCAAGCCAUGAUCAACAUUUUAGGGCACUUCUUUGAAAUGUCGAAGGUGGAUGCGGAAAGAGCUUUGGGAAUCUACCAGAACUUUACGAAGCAGACGGAUUAUGUCGUUCAAUAUCUAUCCGUAGCUCGGCAGUGGGAACCCCAUACUAGGGUUGAGGUACCUAAAUUAAAGCACGCUCCGGUUACCCUUCGUCGUCAGCUGGUAGAAUAUCUGGAAGACCCCGAUUUCGAAACCCACCGACGACAGUACCUGGCCGAGCUCGAGGCCAAGAAAGGCGGUAGCGGACUUUCUUCGAAGGCCGACAAGGGCGCUACAGAUUCCAAAUCCACAACCGCAAAAGCGAAAGCAUCGUCCGCAUCCACUUCGGGCGCACCACCGCAGCCUACCAAGGGGCCAGAUCCGGAUCUCAUCGAUUUCUUCGACUCGAUAGAGCAGAACCAGACUUCUAUGGCCAUGCACUCGAAUACCCAGCACCAACCUCAGAUGGGCCAAGUGAAUCAACCAAUGCCUACAGGAAACCCUUGGCCCUCGAACGAUGGCUUUGCAGUGCAGCAGACCGGCCAGCUUCAAGCCAAUGGGUUUGUUCCUCAGCAAACUGGAUUUCAACCCAAUAAUAGCCCUUUCCAACAGCAGAACGUCGGUGCGUUCUCUCAGCAACAGCAGGUACCGAACCAAAUGCAGCCAAACUUCACCGGGGCUGGUUUUGGUGGGUUCACGCCACAGCCGCAGCCAUCUUUCACGCCAAACAACCUCCCCCCUAUACCGCAGGACUCUACUGCGUCAUUCCAACCUGGAACUCUCUCGCCUCCCAUGCAGACGGGCCUCCAGCCCGGUCAGCAGAUUACAAAUCCUUUCAGGGCAUCUAUGAUGAUGGCGAAUCCAACCGGGAUGACCAACAACUCAUUCGGCGCGCCAACUAGCCCGCAAACCCAUGCUACUAGCCUAACUCGACAAAAUACUAACCCCUUCGCGAGAUCAUCCCCUCAAGCCGCCACACCCUUCCAAAAUCCUCCUUCAAGUUCUCCUUUCCAAUCGCAACCUCCCCAAGCCCCGGUUCAAGCACCACUCCAGUCAGCUACCACCGGAACAAAUCCAUUCGCUAGGAAUUUCAGCCAGACACAGAACGUCCCUCAGGCUCAACAAGCUCAGCCACAGAGGCCGCAGACGAGCAGUGGCCUUAUGCCGCAACCGACUGGCAGCACGAAUCCUUUCCGGCAAGGCGCCUUCGUGAACCACCAAACAGGCAUGGGCUGGCAGCAUGCUCAGCAGACGCCGCUCGGUGGAGGCUUAGAUCAUAUGGAGACGAUGCCAGUGUUCCCUCGACCUGCUACGCAGACACCCUGGCAACAAUAGGGCAGCAUUAUUUUCAGGUGACCGUGGAAGUAUAAUAGUAUCAGGCAGGUGUGGAAGAGAACGAUCGAGGCAAAGAUUACCUAACUAAAUACCUUCCGGCUUAUCCAAGUUCACAUAGAGCGAGGCGUUAUCCCUGGAUUUGACGAUAUUUUCCUCCACACGCGCCGGAUUUGUUCAGAAUGGAGGAAGGGGGAGAGCGAGCUCAAUAAAUGUAACCAACAGGGGAAUUUUCCUACCAGACCGAUUCUCUAGCCUGAAGAGGUGUGAUAUAUCCCACAGAAAGCGUGCGAGUGAGAGGGAGACAAGGGCAGAGAUGAGCGAGCAAACGGUCCAGCUUUGCUUUGCUUUGCUUUUAACCACCUUUUUAGGAAGGAAAAUCUUUUGUAAGAGGGAGACGGACGACCGGAAACUGAAGCAGUGUAUUCGCCGCCUAGGCACCUAGGUAUUUGACGGCGGAUGAGAAGAGAAAUUGGUGGAGGCGGUGGUGGAGGUUUAUCAAUCUUCAUGCUACUAAGUAAACCUGUACUAUUCAAAGAGAAAGGAAGGGAAAGGGAAAGGGAAAGAGAAGCGAGAGAAGAAGGAAGUCGUUGACUUAAAACUUAACUUGACGGACACCCUUUGCAAAGGCAAUUACGUUUAAUAGUAGGCUAUUGUAUAAUGACAUAGCAUAUCUAGCUACGUUGAUAUCGUA